CUUUGCCAAUCUCACUUCCCAUACAGUCCCGAUACCUCUCGCCACUGAACUCCUCCCUCCCUCCGUCCCUCUUUGAUCUAACACUUUAAAGAGUCGAUCACAACCAAUCCACAAACCCUCUCUAUACAUUCCAUUUGCUUUAACACAGUCACCAAAUUUGAAAUUUGUGGAGACAUGAUCUUUCAGGGGGAAGCAACUGAAGCAAUACCAGACAGACGGCAAGGUGACCAAAUGAUCAGCAGCGACAAUAACAACGAGGGUACUGAAUAUGAUAAUCCAGGCGAGUGGCUGAACCUGAGCCUAGGCAGGAAUUUGCUCUCAACACCUGGAGACUCUGAUCCACAACAAAGGCCUGCUUCUACCAAGGUUUUCUCGUGCAACUUCUGCAUGAGGAAGUUUUUUAGUUCACAAGCAUUAGGAGGCCAUCAGAAUGCCCACAAGAGGGAAAGAGGUGCAGCCAAAAGAUACCAGUCUCAUAGGAUGAUGGCAAUGAUGGGAUUACCCAUUAACACUUUCAUGGCUCGAUCACUUGGCGUCCGGCCCCAUUCACUUGUGCACCAGCCAAGUAGGGAGUUGUCAGCAAUUGUUGCAAGAUUUACGGAUGCCAAAACAGGGUUUGGAAUGGCAAGGAUGCCCUUCACGAUGGAAGAUCCAACAGAUUUGAUGUGGCCAGGCAGCUUUCGCAUGAAUCCAAAACCAUCAGAGUCACCGUCAGAACCACACAAGCUAGACUUAAAUCUGCGGCUCUGACCCAUGCAUCCUUCAGCCUCAGUUCAGAAUUAGUUUUCCACUCUUUCUAUUGGAACAGCCUUUGAUUUCUCCAUCCAUCAAGUAUAGCAACUAACCAAGGUAGGAUCUGGAGUUUUAAUAUUUGAAAUGCUGGAUGGUGUUUCUGCUAAUGAAACUAGACGAAAUACAAAAUAUUUCCUUUGUAUUUCCACCAGUUAUGCGCGUUGGAGUAAAAGCAAAGCUGAGACCCAACCCUGCUUUUCAGUUAUCCUGAUUUUGAUGCUUGAAAUAAAUCCCGGUGCAUUACACACGUCACUGAGCUGUUACAGGGCCUUUCUUAUCCUAAUUAUAAAUUUCUACUUA